ACCAGAUAAUGUAGAUUUGUUAGUAUGUUGUUUGGAUUUUUCGGACACGAAGCCUAAUUGCAGCUUGAAACUACCGGAAGUGGAUUAAAACCUGAACCAAGAUGCCAAAGAAAGUCAAAAAGGGGAAAGGAAAAGGAAAGAAAGGAAAGAAAGGAGGAAAGAAAUCCAAAAAACAAGAGUCAGUUCUGGCCAUAGCUGCGGCUAAUUCAAAAGUGUGGGAAGCUAGAGUUGGGAUACUUGAAAACUCUCGCAAUGACUAUCGAGAUAAUGCUCAUCGCCUGGUCCAAGAAAAUGACGCCCUCACAACUCAAAUGCUUCAAACUGAAAAAGACACGAUUGACGUCAUCACCUACUUGAAGCAACAGGAAGCCGAAAAAGAUUCUUCCUUGGAGAAGGAAAAGCUUCAAAAUCGUGAGCUCAAGAAGCAGCAUCGACAAGAGAAAGAGGUUUUGGUAGAUGACUUUACAAAACAGAUCAGUGAGUUGGAGGACAAGCUUGGCGAGAAGAUGAGAGAAAUAGAUCUGAUUCAGGGAGAGUUGAAAAUGGUCAAGGAAUUCCGACGGAAAAGAGCUCAGAUGCAGAAAGAUCUGGACGAUAUCAAAGAAGCCAUGCACAAUGCUACCAGGAACCAUAAAGACAAUAUUUCCAGAAUGGAACGGAAGUUCUUCGAGGAGAAGAUGAGACUUCAGCAGGAAGCUAACAAGAAAAUAGCUGAACUGGCAGAAAAGGCACAUUCGGAAGCCAUAUCAAAUUUAGACGAAUCGACCAAAAAUGUUUACAAAGAAAACGUGCGAUUGUCCGAGGCACUGAACUAUCACAUGAAGGAAAGCGAUUUACUGAAAAAAGAACGAGCCGAACUUCUCAAAGAAAAUGAAGAUUUAAAAGGCAAGAAAGAAAUUAACGAUUUAAUGGUACAAGAGAAAAUCGUACAAAACAAGCAACAGAAGGAACAACUUAAAGAGCAAGAGGAAAAGAUCGAAACAUUGGAGAAGUCUUUGAGUCACGUGGUACGCGAAUUCGAAUCGGAAAAGAAACGUCUCGAGGCUGAUUUGGAAACACAAACUGCUGCCGCCAAAAUAGAACUCACCAAACUUCAAAGGGUCGUAGAAAUGAAAUCACGCGAGAUGUCGAAAGUUAAGAAGCUUGCCAAAUCGAUAUUAGACCAACGAACAGAAUUGGAACGAUUCUUUUUGGAUGCUUUGGAAGAGGUCAAAGUAGAAAUAUCCGCCAAUCAAGCCCAAUAUAGACGUGAUGCCCAAUCUGCGUACCAGUUAAAGAUGUUUAAUGCCGUUUCCGGUAAGGCCGAUUAUCCAAAAGUAAGAACAUUCAACAAAUGUGACGCUAGUACCAAUAGUGUAUUUAAGGAUUUGGAAGCCGCACAACUUCUCCACAAUAUGAGCAGUAAAAUAGACAUUACAGAUCUGACCUGGGAACAGAGAGAAAGAGUCUUGCGGUAUCUGUUCGCUAAGAUGAAUGGUGAUAGCACCAUGAAAAUUGCCAAAAUCUCAUCUGAAGGUCAUCAAUUGAGUAUUACUCAAGGGAAUGGAAACGUCAGUGCUCCAGAUGAUACUACCUUCCUAACACAAGUUAACGUGGAGUUUCCACAAGAACUGAACAAACAUCCUGUUAUUCCGGAAAUCGGGAAAUCUCAAGCCACCAAACUUCUGGAAACACAAUCUUAAACACCAACAAUCUAUACUGAAAGACAAAAUGAAGUCAUUUAAGAAUGGAAAUUUAUUGGUUAUCGUUAUGAACGAACUUUGUGAAGACAAAUUGCCCGGCGAAGUGAGUCCGUGGACGUAUCAUAUCUUUAUUUUCAAAUGCUUAUAUUUGUAAAUGUUAGUGAAGACAUCUGAGACAGUCAGUGUUAAAUGAAUUUAAUGCAACAAAAAUGUUUAUUAUCAGUACCGAUAAAUGAUAGUAUAAUAGUGUGUCUCAUAUUUGGUAUAGACGUAUGUUGUAGGAACUUCCAUGCCUCCCCAGUGCUUUCAAUUUCAGUGGUAGGCUACAUUAUUGAGAUGUGAUUUUCGAAACAAUAUGAAAACCAUAAGCUAUAUAAGGGUUUGCUUCAUUGCAUCAAGGGCCUUAUUCUCGAAAAAAGAUGAUUUAGUGUUCCAGUCAUCUGAUUGGUUAAUCACUAAGAUCAAUUUAUAAAUGUUUUAUAAUCCAAUCAGAUUGAUGUAUUUCUUACAAAUCUUAUUUUAGUUUUCCAGAAUAAGACCCGAGUCGACAUACGAUAUUAUUUUGUUUACUUAUUUGUUUGUUUGUUUUUGAUUGUUAUUGAAUUGUCGAUAGUGUAUGUUUAUAAUACACAAAGUACAUUGAAUAGAAAAAUGAAGUGAAUAGGCCAGGACGUCUAUGGUAUAUACAGUGGCGAACUUUUGCAGUUAAUUGGCAUUGGAUGCUUUCCAUUUGCAAGUCUUAUUUUCAAAGGGGUACAACUCCAAUCUAUAAAAUUGGUCAAUGCAUCGGUGACCGGUGAGCUAGAUUUGUAAAAUUGAAUAGUCCUAGAUUUAUUUAAAUAAAUAUGAGAGAAGGGAAG